CGAGACAACCGACGUCAAAACUAUAAAAGCCGCUUCGUUGAGCUGUCUUGGCAGUUGGGUAAUAACAAAGCCAUCACUGUUCCGAUACUUCUAACACAACAUCCACCGUCACUAUCCAAAAUGCAGCUCAAGCUCGUCCUCGCCACCCUCUUCGCCUCCAUGGUCUUAGCCGUCCCGGUUGUUGAUCAACCCAAGAUCUACGGCCGUUCCAAGGGACCCAUCCCUGGAUCUGGUCCCAGCUGCUGUUCAUCGGUUCCCGGAGUUUGCCAGGCUUCUUGCUGCCCUAUCGGAUGUCCUCAGUAAAGCAUCACAGUAGCCAUGGGAUGGAUGAGCGAUCCUUACAGCAAUGUCAUCAUCGUAUCAAGGGCACAUGCCGGAAAGAAGCCUGGGGUAUUGGUGCUUAUUCGUCGAUAUACUCGUAAACGGGAAUGAUGCGCACCUGCAUCAUUAUCACUGUUCUGCACAAGUACAAUGCACAGUGACCAAUUGGGCCGAUUGUAACAAUCUUAUCAUGCUAAGGUGUCACGGGUCAGUCAUGUAGUUGCUUGGGAUUCGGUCUUUCGACCGAAUAUUGUGCCUUUUUGCCCGCUGGCUCAACAGUAGUAAACUCAAACACUGUCGUUUCGUCACAUAAGGCUUUGUGAAGUACGUGAUGGCUUUGCCUAGGAAUGCGCGCUGUAUCUCCAAGACCAAUGCUUUCUAACCCCCAUCCCGUAGGACUUCCAUGCCAUUCACA